AUGAGUAAAUCAACAGAGACAGAAUUAUCAUUAGGUGAUGAAGAAGAGUCUGGACAAGAUAUUAAAGCAAUGAUGGAUCAAUCUAUCAGAGAGUUUAAUGAACAGUAUCGGCUUAAAACUUCAGCUGAAAAAAGAAAAGAAGAUUUCAAGAAAGAAUCAUCUGCAGAUAAAAAGAGAUACGAUGCAUUACUUGCAAAAGUUGCUAAACAUCAAGAAGAACUCGAAAAACUUCAAGAUGAAAAUGAAAUAUUAAAAGCUGAAGUUCAAAGAUGUGAAGCUAAAAUCAAAGCAUAUCCUCAAACGAAGAAGAGAUACGAUCAGCUAACUGAAAGCAUUCAACGAGCACACCAAUUGACAUCAUCCACCACUUCACGAAAAUAA